GGGUCCCGAUGGGAGGAUCGGGAGCUGAGGGGGGACGAGGGAGCGCGAAAGGCUACCUCAGCCUCAAAGACAGGGAGGGGCGUACGUCUCGGAGUGAGGACCAGGGAACAAAUGAACCCCGAUCUUUGCACUGCAGUAUCCAAGGUUGGAAGCCUGGACCCUCAGGCUGAACCUUCAGCGCUAAGUUGUGCCUUUUGGGUUGGAGGAAGGGUUAUGACAAAGUGUUAUUCUGAGCGCACAUAUAUGCCUUCCUUCUCCAAUCUCACGUUCCUGUAGAUGACUUGUGGGGGGACCAGAGUCUGGAGGGAGAGCCAGGUUUGCCCCCUGGCUGGAGGAAGAUCCGCGAUGCUGCAGGUACUUAUUAUUGGCAUGUACCCAGCGGUAGCACCCAGUGGCAGCGCCCAACCUGGGAGUCAGGAGAUGCAGAGGACCCAGGCACGAAGACGGAGGGAAUUUGGGGACUUCGGCCCCCCAAGGGGAGAUCCUUCUCCAGCCUGGAGAGCUCACUGGACCGGAGGAAUUGUGGUCCUCUUACGAGCUCUGCUCUAUUCCAGUAAUUCUCUGUCCUGGUAUGGUGAAGAAUCCUACAUCCAGAGAAUGGAGCCAGGGGCUAAGUGCUUCGCAGUCCGCUCUCUGGGCUGGGUAGAAGUACCUGAAGAGGACCUGGUACCAGGGAAGAGCAGUAUUGCAGUCAAUAACUGCAUCCAGCAGCUGGCCCAGACUCGUAGCCAGAGCCAGCCCCCGGAUGGUACCUGGGGCGAGGGCCAGAACAUGCUGAUGAUCCUGAAGAAGGAUGUGAUGAGCCUGGUGAAUCCCCUGGACCACAGUCUGAUCCACCGCCAGCCUCUGGUGCACAUUCGUGUAUGGGGUGUGGGCAGCUCCAAGGGCCGUGACAGGGACUUCGCUUUUGUGGCGGGUGACAAAGACAGCUGUAUGCUCAAGUGCCAUGUGUUUCGCUGUGACGUCCCUGCCAAGGCCAUUGCCAGUGCCCUACACGGGCUCUGUGCCCAGAUCUUGUCAGAGCGAGUAGGGGUCAGUGGUGAUUCCCCUUGCUGCUCACUAGACCCCAUCUCCCCUGAAGACCUGCCUCGACAAGUGGAGCUACUGGAUGCGGUGAGCCAGGCUGCUCAGAAGUACGAGGCACUGUACAUGGGGACCCUGCCAGUCACCAAAGCCAUGGGCAUGGACGUGAUGAACGCGGCCAUUGGUACCCUCACCACCCAUGGGGACCGGGACGCCUGGGUCCCUGCCAUGCUCAGCAUAUCUGACUCUCUCAUGACUGCACAUCCCAUUCAGGCAGAGGCUGGUGCAGAGGAGGAGCCACUGUGGCAGUGCCCUGUGCGCCUCGUGACCUUUAUUGGUGUUGGUCGUGACCCACACACCUUUGGCCUCAUUGCCGACCUGGGCCGUCAGAGCUUCCAGUGUGCGGCCUUCUGGUGCCAGCCCCAUGCAGGGGGACUCUCCGAAGCUGUGCAGGCUGCUUGCAUGGUUCAGUACCAGAAGUGUCUUGUGGCCUCUGCGGCUCGAGGCAAGGCCUGGGGUGCCCAGGCCCGUGCCCACCUACGACUCAAGCGGACCAGCUCUGUGGACUCCCCUGGAGGUCCCCUGCCCCUCCCCCUGCUCAAAGGAGGGGUUGGGGGUGCAGGGGCAGCCCCUCGAAAGCGGGGCAUCUUCUCUUUUCUUGAUGCCUUCCGGCUGAAACCCUCUCUGCUCCACAUGCCCUAAAUUAAUCGGGGAGGACUGGGGAAGGAGGUUCUGGGUCCAUGCCCGACUCUGUACCCCUUCAUUCCCCAGGAACCUGCAGCCUCUCGCCCCUUGGAGCCUUCUCUGCUUUCCCCACUGACCCUUGCCCACCCUCUAUUUAUUGCCCAAUUUAUUGUUUAUAUGGAUGAUUGAGAGGCCCUGUACCACAGCCUAGGCCCCGGGCUCUCCUCUCCCUGGGUCCCUGUGUUCCUUGCCCCUGUCCAGCCCUGGACAGUUGGCUCUACCUCAGCAACACUUUAUAGCAAAAUCGGUACAAAUAAAAAUCCCUCAGUGACCUCA